CCGACCCCGAAUCCGUCGUCCGCGACUUCCAAAGGCAGCUGGAGCGGUCGCGGCGGCGGGCGCUGGCGGAGGCGUCGUGCUUCACGGGCAACCCGAUCGACGACUGCUGGCGGUGCUCGGGCGUGGACUGGCAGUCGGACCGGCAGCGGCUGGCGGACUGCGGCAUCGGGUUCGGGCGCGGCGCCCUCGGCGGGAAGGGCGGCCCGCUCUACGUCGUCACCGACUCCUCCGACCUCGACCCCGUCAACCCCACCCCCGGCACCCUCCGCCACGCCGCCAUCCAGGAGGGCCCCCUCUGGAUCGUCUUCGCCGCCGACAUGACCAUCCGCCUCAACGAGGAGCUCCUCGUCAACAGCUUCAAGACCCUCGACGGCCGCGGCGCCGACGUCCACGUCGCCGGCGGCGCCUGCAUCACCCUCCAGUACGUCUCCCACGUAAUCAUUCACAACAUCCACGUCCACGACUGCGUCCCCGCGGGCGACGCCAACGUGCGCUCCUCGCCGACGCACUACGGCUGGCGCACGCGCUCCGACGGCGACGGCAUCUCGCUGUACAGCGCGGUGAGCGUCUGGGUCGACCACUGCUCGCUGUCGAACUGCGCGGACGGGCUGGUGGACGCGAUCAUGGGGUCGACGGCGAUCACGGUGUCGAAUUGCUACUUCGCGCGGCACAACGAGGUGAUGCUGCUGGGCCACAGCGACGAGUACCUGCCGGAUUCGGGGAUGCAGGUGACCAUCGCCUUCAACCACUUCGGCGAGCAGCUGGUGCAGCGGAUGCCGCGGUGCCGCCACGGGUACUUCCACAUCGUCAACAACGACUACACGCGCUGGGAGAUGUACGCCAUCGGAGGCAGCGCCAACCCCACCAUCAAUAGCCAGGGCAACCGCUACAUCGCCCCCGCCGACCCCAACGCCAAAGAGGUGACGAAGAGGGUGGACACGGAGGAGAGCGCGUGGACCGGGUGGAACUGGAGGACGGAGGGGGACAUGAUGGUGAACGGCGCCUUCUUCGUGCCGUCCGGCGAGGGCCUGGAGGCCAUCUACGCCAAGGCGUCCAGCCUCGACCCCAAGUCCGCUGCCCUCAUCGACCAGCUCACCCAAAAUGCCGGCGUCCUCGGCUCCCCUAGGGAUGACGGCGACGGCACCGGGAGCUCGGGAGGCAGCAAUGGCGGGGUCGGCAUGACCACCAGCAGUGGCAGCGGCAGCGGCAGCGGCGGCAACAACGGUGGCGGAGGAGGAAUGGGAUACCUUGGGAUGGUGUUUGCGAGCAGCGCAGACCGCACUUCUUUCUGCUAUUCCAAUAUGCUUUUAUCUUCUUCUUUAUUUGUGACAUUAUUAUUAUUUUCAUUAUUGUGCUUGCAUCCCUUGUAGCAGUAGUACUACAUUGACACUACUAAAUUAUAAUUAUUUGGAAAAAAAAAUUAAAAAAGAAUUAAGGGAAAAAUAAGAGAGGAAAAGUUAGCACUACUAUAGAUAGCAUUAAGAUCUCAGGUGAUUGCCUUGUGGAGAGAGAAAUCAUUGUAUCAUCACAUGCCAAAGGAAUAUAAUUA